GAGGAUCAGUGUUCAUAAAUUCACCUCCAACUUAACCUGCUUUGCUUAUUUAAGACUUUGAAAACAGCAGAAUCUUCCUCUGAUUGUCCAAUCAGCAGCUUCCUCUGAUUAUCCAAUCAGCAGCUUCCUCUGAUUGUCCAAUCAGCAGCCUCCUCUUCUCUGUGGGCUGCAGGGGCUGAUGGGAGUUUUGGUUCCUCUGCUAGAAACCAGGUGGCCCUGGUCUGAUCUCACAGCUCGUCCUUGUUUGGCCUCAGCUGCAUCAGAGCGCCACUUCUCCCCAGGUUCACCAGAGGAAACACCACUGCACACAAUGCUUUUCCUCCCAGCUGCUGCUCUGUGCUGGCUGGGUUCAGCGCUGGCUGCCAUGGCAACACAGCUGGUUCAGGACGGUUUAAGUCUGACCAGCAGAACCGGGCAGAGCGUCUCCUUCAGCUGUGGAGGAACGGAUCAGUGUGGUGGAAAUGUUGUAGUCUGGUACCAGAAGAAAAAAUCAGAAACAUACAAACCUAUUCUCUAUAUCACCAGUGGUGGUAGCCCAUCAAAACAUUUCAAUCAUCCUCAACAAGAUGAUUUCUCAGCUGAGAGAAAUGAGAACAGCUGUAAACUGCAGAUCAACAAAGUUAAACUGGAUCAUUCAGCCUCCUAUUACUGCGGCUGUUAUUCUGGUUCCCACAAGAACGGGUCGGUGGGGGGAACGGGUCGGUGGGGAACAGAGAACGGGUCGGUGGGGAACAGAGAACGGGUCGGUGGGGAACAGAGAACGGGUCUGUGGGGAACAGAGAACGGGUCGGUGGGGAACGGGUCGGUGGGGAACAGAGAACGGGUCGGUGGGGGAGGAACGGGUCGGUGGGGAACAGAGAACGGGUCGGUGGGGAGGAACGGGUCGGUGGGGAACAGAGAACGGGUCGGUGGGAACAGAGAAGUCGGUGGGGAACAGAGAACGGGUCGGUGGGGAACAGAGAACGGGUCGGUGGGGAACGGGUCGGUGGGGAACAGAGAACGGGUCGGUGGGGGAGGAACGGGUCGGUGGGGAACAGAGAACGGGUCGGUGGGGAACAGAGAACGGGUCGGUGGGGGAGGAACGGGUCGGUGGGGAACAGAGAACGGGUCGGUGGGGAACAGAGAACGGGUCGGUGGGGAACAGAGAACGGGUCGGUGGGGAACAGAGAACGGGUCGGUGGGGAACGGGUCGGUGGGGAACAGAGAACGGGUCAGUGGGGAACAGAGAACGGGUCGGUGGGGAACAGAGAACGGGUCGGUGGGGAACGGGUCGGUGGGGAACGGGUCGGUGGGGAACGGGUCGGUGGGGAACAGAGAACGGGUCGGUGGGGAACGGGUCGGUGGCGGCAGAAAUUAUGUCAUCAAAAAUCCAAUCUUGUUCACAUCAUCAACAUCCUGGACCAACUACAUGGACAGGGAUAUAGUUGGUCCCCCAGGGACCCAUCAUGUUUCCAGCUGCGUGGGCCCCAUCAGGGCCAGAGGUGUGUCUCUGUGUGGAGGAUACUGGUACCGCUUUGGUUCUGGAACCAAACUGGAUGUUACAGUACUGGCUGCUGAAACCCAGAGAAACAUAAAACUGAAAAUAGAACGAGAGCAGAAAUCAGCUUCAGGUUCUGUGUCGGUGUUUCUGGAUCCAAACUCAGGUAGAACAGUGAAGAAACCCCAGGUGACGGUGUGUCCGGUGAGAACAGAAGGCCGUGUGGAGGGAGACACGGCUCUGAUGUGUCUGGCCUCGGGGAUGUAUCCCGACCCGGUCCGGAUCUCCUGGAAAAGACAGAAGGGCAGCCAGGAGGAGCCGGCCCCCGCUGAGGAGAAACAGCAGGAGAUCAGCGGGUUAAAAAGUUCUGCCGUCAUCAGGCUGGUUAAAAACGAGACGCUCUACGAUUAUGAAUACAUCUGUGAAGUUCAGCAUGAGGGCGGCAGCGUGAGCAACCAGACACGGUUCCAAGAACUUCCAGAACCUCCAGAACCUCCAGCUCCAACAAAGUCUGGAGCAGCAACAGACGGACCAGCGGCUCCUGCGCCGCCGCCAGCAGCGUCUGUCCGUCCUCAGCUCCCAGUCAGGCUCCCAGUGAGGCUCCCAGUGUCCUUCCAGUCUCGCUGCCGGGUGAAGCUGCUCUGCCUGCUCUACUCGGUGCUGAUAGUGAAGAGUCUGGUUUACUGCAGUGGCCUCUCUCUGCUGAUGGCCCUCAGGAACAAGGGCCCGGCCCCCAGCUGAGCCCUCUGCAGUUUAUCACAUUCAUCAGCUUUAAGAAACAUUGUUCAGGACAAACUGUGGAAUGUACUUUUGAUUUCAUUUUGCUGCAUUUUAUCAUAAUUUUAUUCUCUUUGCUUUUCACUUUUUACAGUGUUGUAGAUUCUACACAUUUAUUCAUUCUGUAUUUCAAUAAACUCAAACAUUUCUUUGUCAUGUUUUAUAACUUUUAACUGACCUGAAUGUAAUGAAAUUAAAACAGCAAUAAAACCAUU